GUUUAUUGACAUGACGAAUGACAGACGGCGGGGUCUUGUUCGAUGGCAGCUCGAUUGGUACAAUUUAGACGAAUUAAAUGACUCGUUAACGAGAUUAUUUCCGCUCUUAUCCGAUAACGAAGUGAAAAUGUGUUUUAUAAAUACUGUUUAAGCUAUUUACGCACGCUACUUACGUGCGUAUUGUGUUAGUAAGAUGUAUAUUCAUUACACCGUAGGAGCCAUUUUUAUUGUAUUUAUUUUGUGCGUUCAUUGUGAUAAUGUAGCCAACGACAACGAAAUCAAGGAGAUUUACGUUCCGUCCGCACCUCAAAACCUGACAGCCAAUAACGUAACAACCGAGGAGGUCCACCUAUCAUGGGCCCCGCCAUUGACCUUCACGCUACGCACUCUGCCCAACACUAACGCUGACAUAAAAACUCACACUUCAAGACCAGACCCUGAAACUGCCACGUCCAACAAAGAACCACAGGGGGACGAACCAGUCAAUGACGUCAUCAGCUCAGAAUCAGAAUCCAACCCACUAAGCGCAGAGAGACAGAAAGACUUCGAGUACACAUCAUACAACUUCUACAAGAACGACAAACAGAAAUACAAUGAUGAUUACUCACUCGACUUCAGAAGUAGAAGGGAAGUACGAUCACACAGACAUAGAAAAAGACGGCAAGACAACGCAACAGAUACGAAACACUUUGAGAAGAAUCUGGAAGAACUGGAAACGCACCAAGCGUUUGAGCUUCCAAAAGAAGUGGUAAAGAAAUCGUACAGUCAGACAAAGCCACAUACUACCACACAGGUUGCUUAUGUCCUGUAUUACGAGCAAGGAGUUCCUAAGUACGGGGUCAGUAUUGUGAAUGGCACGCAGACAUCGGCCAGCGUGAAGAGAAAGAACGUGUUCCCCAGCGACUUGGGCAUGGAGGACUACUCAAGGGCGACGAAAAACCUGACCCUUUUGAACACAUCCGGGAAGGUGACGAAAGUCGUCGGGUUCCGCUUGAGAAACCUGAAGCCGUUCACUCCAUACAAGAUCUGGGUGCGAGCUUUCUACAAUUUCUCGCUAGAUGGCGUCCAGUCGUCCGAUUUGUUGGAUCGUUUGGGACCUAAGUCGGACCCCCUGUACGUGUUGACCGAUGUUAAACCACCGUCGGCUCCGAUUAUCUUGAAUCUAACUUGUGAUUCAACGAAACGUACCUUAUUCCUCCAAUGGCGUCAACCGCUCGAGUAUAACAACUCUCUCGACCAGUACGUUGUGACAUUGAGGAAGAUUCCAGAACAACAGCCAAGGACCAGACUCACGCUGCCCACGAACAAGAACGAUAUAGAGACCACCAUUCCCAUCGAUGUGGACUUGUGGAACGUGACGAAGUACGAGGUCAAAGUGUACGCUGUAACGCAGUCCGUUGCCAGAGAGAAGUCUUUCAUCAAUGGAGCUGAAUCUCCGCCUGAGGAGGUAUCGAGUGAGUGGUGCGCGGCCCACUCGGAGGCGAUGUCCCCGGCCGACAUGCCGACAGCCCGCGCCGUCAGCAACGCGGCGCUGCUCGCCGUCUGCCCGCUGCUGCUGUUCGCUGUCGCUGUUGCUGUCUUGUACUGGAGAUGUAGAGCUCGCUUGAGCAAGUGCAUCAGUGCUGCUUACAAUUAUUUAGAAGAAGGCGGAGAAAGAGCGGCACGUGCACCACUCAACUCAUAUAAAAAACCAGGUACCUGCUCGCCGCUGGUGUCGUGCGCGGCGGGCGGCGCGGCGGGCGCGGCGGCGGGCGGCGCGGCGCGGCCCCCGCGCAUGGCGGGCCCCGCGCUGCCCGCCGUGCGCGCCGCCGCCUUCCCCGCGCACGUGGCCGCGCUGCACGCCGACGGGGACAUCGGCUUCAGUAAAGAGUACGAGAUCGUGGUAGCGAAGUCUGCCGCGUUAGGACACACGAGUCACCAUAGUCAUAGGCCAGAGAACAGACUGAAGAACCGAUACCUGAAUAUUACUGCAUACGACCACUCGCGCGUGUGCGUGUCGGCGGGCGGGCGGUGCGGCGCGGCGGGCUGCGUGGGGCUGGGCCGCGGCGGCGCGUGCGACUACGUGAACGCCAACUUCAUCGACGGCAUGCUGCCGCAGCUGCAGCCGCAACACGCCGCCAGGCUGCGCCGCAAGCUCGAGCGCAGGAACCGACCGCACAGACAAUCAUCAGUAAAACCAACGAAACCACCACCAAACCUAGCGGAGGGCAUAGAGUCUGCCUUCCUCAACAUAGAGUUCUCGGGCAUAGUGGAGUCGGAUGACCAGAACGAAGAUUCGGAUUCCGAGAGGAGCGACUCAGAUUCGGAGUUGGACGACGUGUAUGUUGAUAUCGAUGGCGUAUCAACUCGUGUCAAAUUAGAGUGGUUAAUAUGGCGACGGCGCUACAUAGCAACACAGGGCCCGACGCCGGCAACACUCGACGCGUUCUGGCGCAUGAUCUGGCAACACCGCGUACACACCGUCGUUAUGAUCACCAACUUGGUUGAAAGGGGACGGCGCAAGUGCGACAUGUACUGGCCCAUGGGCGGCGCGGGCAGCGCGGCGGAGUUCGGCGGCGUGCGCGUCACGCUGCUGCACGAGGACGUGCGCGCGGCGUACACUGUGCGCCACAUGCGCGUCGUGCCGCUGCCGCACGCCGGAAGUUCCCCCACCAGCGGCGACAGUUCCGGCAGUGGGUCCGAGGGUCGCACCGUGGUCCAGUACCACUACACCGUGUGGCCCGACCACGGGACCCCACGACAUCCCCUCGCUGUGCUACCCUUUGUUAAGGCCGCGGGGAAACAUCCCUCCACCGUGCUCGUGCAUUGCAGCGCCGGAGUCGGUCGUACAGGCACGUACAUAGUACUAGACGCGCAGCUCAACCAACUCAAACUGACCGGCACGCUCUCCCCUCUCGGCUUCCUCUGCCGAGCGCGAACACAACGCAACCACCUCGUACAGACAGAGGAACAAUACGUGUUCGUACACGACGCGCUACUCGAACACGUACGAUCCGGGGACACAGAAGUAGAAUACCCUAAAGCCAGAGAAUACCUCGCGAAACUCCUCGAACCAAUAUCAGACGAGGAACUAGCCGUUCUCGACCUUAACCCCCCUAAGAAUAAGAGCACAAAUGACUUGUCGAAUGGCGUUGAAAACGGUGAGACGUCUAGCAUCAAAUCCAGUCAGAAUAAUAGUGAGAAGGAGAUUCUGGAGAAUGGUAGUCAAGUGUCGAUAAAGACUGAUGAUUUGAACAGUGAACAGAGCAAGUCUGUUAAGGAUUCUGAAGGGACCGAUGAGGCUAAGGAUGGUAUGGUUAAUGGGGAGGAAAGUGAAGGGGUGUAUGAUCUGGCUCCUAGGUCCACGGACACGUAUAGCAAGAAGAUGCAGGCGUAUAAUAAUAUGAGUGAUCAGGAGAAGGAGGAAAUGAGACGGGCUAACCGUGCAGAAAACUACGCGCUAUUAGAACGUAUGAGAUCUCUAGCGAACAGGCAUCACACGUAUCAAGGCCCGCCGCCUGUCAAUCUACUAGAAAAACAGUUCUUGCUAAUAACAAGAUCGUGCGUUGAAGCGAGCGUAUGCGCGCGCGCACCUCACAACGCAGAAAAGAACCGGCCCGGCGGGAUACUGCCCUCCGACUCCGCUAGAGUUAUGCUCGUACCCAAACCUGGUGUUGAAGGCAGCGAAUACGUGAACGCGUCCUGGGUGUGUGGCCGGCGUCGUGUCCGCGAGUACGCGGUCGCCCAACACCCCGGCGCCUGCGCAGCGGACCUCUGGCGGCUGCUGUGGGACCACACCGCGCAACUUGUACUCUUACUCUCCGAUACUAAUGACCCGGAAUGCGAAAUAUUUUGGCCAACGGAAGAAGAAAAAGAACUUUUCGUCGCGAACUUCAGAGCUAGUUUUGUAUCAAAAGAAACGUACGUAGCCCACCGAAAAGCUGACAGAAAAUCGCCCGCCACGUCCCCAGUCGAAUCCGAGCCAAACGGCUACAGGCGGCAAGAGAGCAGUGAUUGUGCAGACGACGAGCGAUUAAUACCAGAAAACAACUCCCCAGUCACAGACACAGAACCAGCGUACCGCUUCGACAGAACAGAACUCAGACUAGAAAGACUCAGCACCGGCAACCGAGACCUAUCAGCCAGGAAGUCAAUAGCAAACGGCGAUCUAUUCUCAUCUUUAUCAGAAAAGAAAAACGGUCCAAAAUCCCCUAGAAGUCCAUCGAAAAUGUCUUUAAAGAACUUCAAGCUAAGCUCUCCUACGAAAUUCAAAUUCCCCGAUUGGGGGAACAGAACUGCGGGGUCUCCCCCCGACGUCGCCCCUCCUCCUCCACCCAUAGCCCCCGCGCUAACAGUCGAAGAGGAGGCGGAACUACGACGCCCGUGUUACUACUUCGAGAAAGUAGACAAAAUACCCGAAGAUGUACCUUUAGACAGAGUUAUAGAAGUUACCAAUGUCAGCGUGCAUUCGUUACAAGACGAUUAUCAAUUAAGUGUAAAGUUUAUUAAGUGUAGUCGGUGGCUGGACGGCGACACGACUGACUACACCCAAGGCCGACCGGACGAUAACGAGUAUGUUAGAGCAGUGCGACAGGCGACCAGUGAAGGAGAGAGGGAGACAGCGAUAGAUAGGCUUAUAGAGCCGUAUAAAGACUCUUUUGCGUUGAUCGAGUAUGUUGCUGGCUGUCAAAUGGAAUACAAGAAUGGUCCAGUUGUUGUUGUUGACAAAUACGGUGGCUGGAAGGCGAUGAACUUCUGCACGAUGUCGGCGGCGUGUGGCGGGGCGGGCGCGGCGCUGGCGGCGGGCGCGGGCGCGUGCUUCCUGCCGGCGGAGGACGCGCGCGCCUCGCUGUACUGCUGGGCGGCGCUGGGCGCGCACGCACGCACCGCGCCCAACCACGCGCGCGCGCACCACCACGCCGCGCUGCUGGCCGCCUACUGCGCGCUCGCCGCCUACGGCCAGCUGCUCUCACACAGAUCACCCGACACACCUGAACAAGAGUCUCGGUAAUACAUCACAUCAUGUAAGUAAUACUCAGCGCGUUGUGCCGUACUUCCGUGCCUACCCCACCGCGGAACUGUCGUGAACGUCCCAUAUAAACAGACAGAACCACGACGAUACGCAGUACAUGGCUACGAGCAUUGAACCUCCGUAGACAGCCACCUGAUUGGUGGGCGAAAAGUGACGUGAUACAAACGUAACCGGAUUGGUUGAUAGCGAUCACGUGAUGUUCUCCAAUGCUCAUUGGCCGUAAAUAGACGAUAUAAACAAUUUGCCAAUAAGGCCUUUGUGUAUUCGUGUUACUCAAAUUAAAUGUCCUUAGAUGUUUAUGUCCCGUGUCAGAUGACUGUAUUCUAGUAUUUUAUACUGGCAAGCCUUACUAGGGCCGGUUUUACAUCACAAUUGUAAUUAGUUUCUAUUUUAGUGGCUAUAUGAGGAAGUGACGGUGGGAAGCAUAGUAUAUAAACAUUACCCUCAUUUUGCAAGGUUGCAUAAUAAUUAAGAAUGGUUCCGAUUUUGGGUUCGAAAGUAAAUUAUAUUUUAACAGGUAGUAAAAAAUUGAUAGUAAACCUAUAUAUCUGGUAUAGCCAUUUAUUAAUACAUAUUUUUCGUUAAAUACUCAGUACUCAAUAUAUAAUUUGGAGACGGUACGCCUGUAACGUCAGCAAGAAAAGUAAAAAAAAUGUAUUUAGAUUCGUACCAAAAAUCUGAACCUUUUUGAAUAUCAUGCUUUUGUCAAAAAAAUGUAAUAUUUUGUUUAACAAUACACAUAUAAAAAGUAUUUGUAGAUUGUUUUAUAUUUAAGUGUAUUUAACUCGUGAUGUCUAUAAACAUUUAUUAGGUUUUACUAAUAUUUUCUUAGAUUUGAUCACUUUAUUAAAGUACAAUGUAAGUUACACAUUUUUUUUAAACAAUUGGUUUAAUCAUUUCUGUUUCUGCCACGAUUUUUUGACGUAAGACGUGUCUCAUCCGUUGUAGACAAAUAUUUAUAAAUAGUUUCUUUAAACAAGACUAAACAAUAGUUUAAAUAUUCUUAAGCAAUAGAAAAUAAUUUGAGAUGUCGUAUCAUCUCAAACUAAAAUUAUUUUUGCACCUCCAUAUAUUGCAUUAGAUUAUAUACAUAAUUUUAUAAUUUAAAGCCCAUUAAGUUUUAUCGAUCAAACAAAUGAUAAAUAUUUCCUUGCCUCUGUUUUACAGUAAUUAUUAUUUUACGUCCUAAUAUAGAAACUACGCGUGUACGGGACUGUUUUCGUUGUGAGAGCGAGACACAGCUAUGUGCAUUGUAGUUCACUAUCCCGCUUACACAAUGGUCAAUAGUCCUUUGAAAAUUGAAACAAAAGAUAAUUUUAAAAUUUCUAUUGCACCCACCGUUACAUUGCAAAGUUUUUUCUACCGACUUACAAAUCAGUAAUUCAAUUCUAUAUAAAAUAUUUAAAAAGUAAACAUUUAAAGUAGAUUAGUUGAUAUAUAAUCGUAUUAAAAUUCAUAUUCGAUAUUGGUGUGAUAACAUUCCUAUUAAAAUUUGUGUAGAAUUGAAUUGCUGUAAUUUUGACUGUAUUCCUUAUGAAGUGUCUUGUUAACGAACAUGAAAUUAGCUAUUCCCGAUAUGUGGUAUAAAUAAACAGGAGCCGUAUUUUGUCUGAAUGUCGUUAUGGUUGGGUUGGAUAAAAGAGAUAGCGAUAUUCAACAUAUUUUAUUCGUAGAUUAUCACAAUAAUUAACCAUUGUACACAUGGAUUUCCAAAAUUAUGUUGGUGUUACUGCCCAGUCUGACUUCAUACAGCCAAAUUCAUGUAUAGAUUAUGUGAAAUUCGGUAUCCCAUAGCGAGAUUGCUUGUCUUCUCUACAUUAUAAAAACUUUACGUCUUAUCGAAAUAUGAUAGAAGACACCAUUUUUACUUGCUGUAUGAGGUAAUGGAAAAUAACAUAAAGCUGUUUUGUCCAUGUUAUACUAAAGUUAUAAAUUGAGUAUUUAUUACAUCACAGUCUUAUGUUCUACCUAACCAGUGUCGUUCUGUUAUUCAAGAGACAAUUUCUCUCAUUCAUAGAAACUUGUUCAAAUAAUGUGAUUUGCUUUACAAAUGGGAUAACAUCAAACUCCUUCCGUGGUCUUUUGGGUUCAGCGAAAAGGAGUGUCAGACAUUGAGUCACUAAAACCCACCCAUGUUCCUUCCGUUACCGUGACCACGGUAACCCCUUUCCGCCCAAUCUCGCUGCACAAGCAGGUACAAAUACUGUGACUUCCCGUCUCUGGGAGCUAAUAAAACCCAACUAUAAUGACUUGAGACAUUUAAAUACGUAAAACAAUUAGAAAUCGGUUUGUUAUCGGAUUAUGCUCAAAGAUCAACAAUAAAGUAGCGAACGAUAUUAACAUAUAAAGGCUUUCUCUUAUGAAAUAAGAUGUGGUUGUGUAUUGAGAUUUAUAAGAAGGAUUCUAUUGACUUUUCUAGUAUUUUUUUCUAUACCAAUCAUGCUUAUCAUGAUAAUAGUCUGAUGUAUUUUAGGAUAUAACUUUGGUGUUUUGUUUUUUUACUUUCUGAUGAUAUGAUUAUUGAACAUUGUAAGGGGUUCUGAUGAUAAUAUUGUAAGGGGAAAAUAUAUCUUGGAAAUAUUUCUGUUUUAUUAGACUCUGCUGAAGCUAUAAUUCUGGAGUUCAUUGUGACCACUGUGUAAAGAGAAAAAAUAUUGAAUAAAUCGUGAUUUAUUAGAAUAUCUAAACUGUUUUUCUAAAUCUGAUAUUAGUGUUGUUGUUAGUUGAUUGUCAGAAAGUAAAUGAAACACAAAGUUAUAUUUCUACCUUUAGACCCGAAUUUGUAUACCCUAGUACAAAUAACUUCGUUUAGUUCGAUUAAGGGUUUGUUAAGAAUCUGAAAAAAAUGACAAAAAAAUAAAUAACAACUUUCAGUCUAGAACAAACUAUUCUUACAAACCCUUGUCAAACUAAUCUUCCAAUAGCCAUGAUAUUAUUUUUUAAUAAAAAUUAGGCACAGUGCAAUAGAUAUGUUACGCAUUUAAAAUAAUACAAUUUAAAAAAUAUAUUUUUAAAUAUUAUUUUUAGCCAAGUAUUAAUCUACGGAUAUUUUUUUUUUUCGUCUUUAUUUUAUUUUCUAUUUAAAUUAUAUAGGAAUGUAAUAAGUAUAUAUACGUAUUAGUCGGAUCGGCGAGUGCUGUAGGCAAGGAUAUUUUUUUGUAAAAAAACUUAUAGAAGAUAUAAUAUUUUGUAUUUUAUUAGAUUAUGUUUGUUUUUCUUUCUCUGUCUUACAUAAGAUACUGUAUGUCGAAAGAAGCUGGCUGUUUUUAACAUCGUUUUGUGGCACAGCAAUAUCGUAGAUUCAUUAACGACUCAAUAACGUAGACAUUCGCGAUGCUAAGCCCACUCGUCACUCCGACCCAUGUAAUUCCUAUUAAAUCAAGUUAUGGUCCAGUAUUUUUUAUUAUAAUAAUUGUAAUCUAGUUAAUAUUCGAUAUAAUUGUGAAGACUGCUUAUUAGUGGUUCGUCAAUUAAGAUGUAACGAGUUCCGUUUGGGUUCUGUGGUAUUACCUAAAUGUUUUAAGGAUCUCUAGACAGUGCGUCACAUGUCGUAGCCACGUAGCCACGUAGCCGAGACGGUGCUACGACCGUAGACGCAAAUCUCGUAGUCUUUUUUGUAUUGUGUCUGAGGUCCUUAGCGCCCUACACAGUCCAACAUAAAUGUUCGUAUUGGAUUCGUAUCUGUAUUAUUGAAUGUUGUGAAGUGAUCGAGAUAGGUUUUAGCAUUAUGAUAUUCCCCUUAAGUGUUGAACACUUCUCCUUAAUCUAGGUGUCCUAUAGAUAGUCGCUAUAGCUCAAAAGAUGGAUAAUUUCGAUCACUCCACAAGGCAACGAAUGGAUUAUUAGGAAAGUAAAUGUUAGUGUGAAUAUGGCGGGUUAUGUUUGUGCGCUGUGGUCCCGUGCGUGCCAUUUUAGGCUUAGAUAAAUAUACGCAUAGAUAGUUUCAAUUAUAUUGCCGUAUAGACUUAAGUAGGUAUGCUGGAUUUUAGAUACGAUAUUUUUACACUUCCGUGCAUUUCAAUUGCACACUUUUUUUGUAUAAAUGACGAGAACAUUUAAAAAAGUAAACGUGUUUAAUCUUUGGAACUGUUAUUUAUAAUUGUCAAUGUUACGUUUUCAAAAGUGUUUUUGAUAUUUAUACAAAAAAGAAGGAAUUAACGUGACUCAAUUUAAAUGUCCGCAAGUGUAACAUUUAGCCUUUUUUUAGAACGAGUGUGACAUUUUUAAUGUCCUCUAGUGUCUUCAGUAAUCUACUUUCAUAAACAUGAUCAAUUAAUAUUAUUUGCGGUUGACGUAUCUAAAGUGACAAUUCAAAUGAUUUUUAACCGACUUGGAAAGAAAGGAGGUUAUUAUGCAUUUAUUUUUUUGCUGGAACAAUAACGUUUUACGCGCAAACAUCCCCGCCUGUCGGUUAACCAAAGAAGCGCGUAUGUAUAGAAUUAAAGAGGGUAGCUAAACGUAGGCAACUGGGUGUCGCAGCUAAUUAGAAUAAUUAAUGUAAGGUUAUCCUACUCUGUAAUUAACUGUUAUAUUUAUAUGGUCUGGUGAUGGCUGUUUUGAUUAGAAGAAAUUAAAAAAUAUAUCAAAAAUCUUUUUUGAGUGUACUUUUGUUUCGUUCAAGAAUUACGUGAAUUAAUAAAAAUAAUUUGCUACAAAAUUGAAUAAUUUCGGUGUAUUGUUAUUAUUUAAUUGUUUCUAACAAAACAGCCAAACCAAAUAAUAACAUUUGACAUAAUAUCGUUUAGAAAUUAAAUUCGGCUCAAUUUUUGUAAUCUUUUUGACGCAACACUUUGUUUUUCGAUUUAAAAUUAUUCACAAGCGCACAUCGAUUUUCAUUUGAACAUAAAACAUUUAAAAUAUACGACGAAAUAUAUCAGGGUAUUGUCAUGCAAUCAUGGAAUAUCAUUUUCACGAUGUUUUUAACCUGCUCCCGAAGCAAGUAGCAUUUCUACAAGUUUAACCUCUGAAAUUACUCAAAUGUAUGAAAAGGACAAGUUUUAGUCAACUCUUCUCGAAAACUGUCAUUCUCAUACACUCAAGCAAUUUCGUUUUAACACAUUGCCCUGUAGAAAUGCCCCUUGCCGACGGCUACCGAAGCCAUAUUAUAGUUUAAAAACCAUUAGUUCUGUUAUAGAAAAGAGAUGGCGCUGUGUUUUAUAACUCUAUCUUUCUCUAUCACAGGACGUAUAUGGUUCUAAGUGCUGUGCACUCGAACAAGUUACUGCUAUUAGGUCUCAUAUUGAAGUCGAUUAAAGCGCCUAACUAUAUAGCCGGUGCUUCACAAUUGGCCCCCAAUGUCAA